CGGUGGAUAUUUGAUCAAAUUCGGAACCCUCGUCUCCCGCUCCACGUUCUGCAGUUGGCUUCUUUGAUUACUCAAUCAUGAAAGUGCGUUUUAAGUUUCAGUGUAGGGACAUUAAUGAAAAACUAAGGAAGUUCACAUGGAGGAUUGACAACUUGUCCACUGUUGAAGACGAAAUAUUGUACUCUGAGGAUUUUGUUGUUGAGGGAAACAAAUGGCGAAUUCAUAUCUACCCCAAGGGAAACAAUGUGGAUUAUUUGUCAAUUUAUUUAGGUGUUGCAAAUUCAGCAACUUUGCCUUCUGGGUGGAGUGCAUAUGUCCAAUUCGGAUUCGCAGUCAUCGAUCAAAUCGAUCGGAGAACUUCCCUUACACAAGGUAUUUUGUUGCAGCAAUCACAUUUCUAUAAAACAAACGAAACGAUUAUGGUUGUUCUUCUUCAUUUCAAAAGUACCCAAGUGAUGAUGAGCUGGCGUAGUUAUUAGAUAUGGUUAUAGUUCUUUGAUUCUAAAGAAUUGGGUAUACUUGUAUAAACAUAUUUAUUGCUUUUCUCCCUUUGUGAACUUGUUUUAUUUAUUUUGAUGCAAAGAUGAUCAUAGUAUAAUGGGGAAGGGUAGCUGAUAUUUGGGUCAU